AUGACCUUCACACAUGGCCCCACGGAGUUUGUGGUCGGAGGAAACCCCGGAAAGCUUGUUGUUGUCAACAGUGAGAGAGGAGACGUGACCAGAGUGGUGGAUUCACCAGGUAUGGCCACUCACAUGGCUGGCAGCAGCUCGUGUGUUGUCUGGGGUACAGAAAACGGCAAAUUGGUAGUUGGGGACAACAAUCUGAAGGAGCUGCACACGUUCCAGGCCCAUCAGGGACCCUUUUCAGACGUGUCUGUGCAGGACAACGUGGUCAUGACGUGUGGCUUUUCAGCCGCUUCUACUGGCCACAGAAUCGAUCCGUUGAUCAAGGUAUGGGACUUGCGAAUGAUGCGAGCCAUGGCUCCCAUUUCGUACCCUCUCGCUGCCUUCGUCUGUCAGACUCCUGACUCAAGAACACUCAUCACAUCGCCAUCUGGACAGCUUGAGUUCCUCGACCAUGCCACUCAACAGAUCAAGCUUUACCAGGCUGAAGUGGCUCUCGUAAAUGGAGUAAAGCUGAGCCCUCGAGGUCAUCAUUUCGUCGUUUCCGACACUUCAGGGCAACUACAGCUAUGGAGUGACGAGCCUCAGUCUUCAUUUGCCGAGUUCAGUGCACCAACAGCUUUCCCCACGCCCGAGCAGAGUUAUCCUCCUGUUUCUAUUAGAGACACACGAUACCCUCUGGGUGCAGUAGGAAUGCCUUACUACUCAGACACACUUCUUUCAGCCAUGCCAUCAUCGAUCAUCAAUGUCGGGAUGCCUCCAGAAGAGGUUGAUGAGGAUCUAGAGGUUCGACAGAUUGACUUCGUUGGUCAUGCGCCGAACUACAAGCAACAAAAACGAAACCUGGCGCAAAAAUACAGCAAUCAACGGAGAACGUCGAUCGCAGCACCAAAGUUCCUGUCAGAGAAGGAGAAGGAACGUGCUCGACGAAUGGAGGACAUCGAGGAUGAGUCGUUCUUUGGGGACGAAGAUACAUGCACUGAAGCGUCCAUGUCGUCCAAGAAGGUGCCUCGACUGUAUCGAAAGCUGGAGAUAAAGUAUUCCAAGUUUGGAAUCUCAGACUUUGACUUCUCUUAUUACAACAAUCACACUGGUCUCUCUGGGUUAGAAACCAACCCCUUUAACCCCCUGCUACAGCUCUUUAGGUUCUGUUCGCCCGUUUUCAACUUUGCUCUCAGGUCAGUAGCGAGAGGUACUCCGAACAGGCUUCUGAAUGAGGUCGGUUUGCUGUUCGACAUGAUGCACAAAGCUCGUGGUCACGUGUGUCGAGCAUCGAACCUCAUGCAUUGUUACGAUGGCAUUGCUCAGACGCGAUCCCUUGCUCCUGAAGAUGCCACCAACAUUGUACUAUUCUGCAGAUUUCUUCUUGAGCAGAUUGGAUUCGAGCAGAGACAGACUCCCGCGUUGUUUGAUAGCUUCAGACAGCUUCUGGGUGCCACUGUGAUUACUGUCAAUACCUUUUCGUGUGGUAAAAUGGCCCAGGCUGAAUCUGUAUGGUACACUCUUGAGCUUGCACUUGGGUCCACUUUCUAUGAAUGUCUAGAGCGUACAUUGGACAAGGAGCUUCAUACUCGAGCGUGGUGUGAUAAAUGUCGAAAGUACCAGUCACUGCACGUCAGCAAACACGUUGAGUCUCUUCCUCAGGUGCUGACAUUAUCGGUGGCAGACGGGAACGUCGAUGUUGCCAAGAGCUUCUUGGUCUUAGAUGGUAAGGUCAGCCCGGCUGCUGAAACCGACAAUGAUGCAUACAAGCUCGUUGGUUUCAUUUGUCAGAUUCAGGGCAACGGACAAGUGGCUUUCAUCCGCGUUGGAGACGAAUGGUACCUCUUCAACGACUUCUUGGUCACCAAGGUGUCUGAGAAGGAGGCCUUUAUGAAGACUCCUUGGAAGCGAACCGUCAUGAUGGUAUAUGCUGUUGGAGCAGAUGAGCGAUUUGACUAUGACUCGUGGAAGAACGACAUGGAUGUAUCAGCUCUCUUCGAGGAGCGUCUUGUCAACGGCAACAAUGUCAGUCGAGAAACAACCGACUACGGCUAUGAGCUUAUCAAGGAGGUUCCGCCUCCCAAGACUCUGUGUGCUAUUGACGCUGAGUUUGUUGUGCUCAAAAACGAAGAAACCGAAAUUCGAUCAGACGGCACCAAGGUGGUUCUGGCUCCGCGAAACCUGUGUCUCGCCCGAGUCACUCUCCUCAACGAGGAUGGACACCCUUUCAUCAACGACUACAUUGCCAUCAACGAACACAUCGUGGAUUACCUCACCGCGUUUUCGGGUAUCGAACCCGGCGACCUAGACCCUUCAAUCUCACGCAAGCCUUUGGUCAGUCUACCCACCUCUUACAGACGUCUGUGGCUUCUUCUGAAUCUCGGAUGUGUGUUUGUGGGCCAUGGCCUAGCCAAUGAUUUCCGAACCAUCAACAUGCAGGUACCCCCUGAGCAGGUGAUUGACACUGUGGAUCUGUAUUACAUUCCAUCUGAGCGUCGAAAGCUGUCUCUACGGUUUUUGGCAUGGUGUGUACUGGGCAAAAAGGUGCAGUCAGGUAACCACGAUUCUACCGAGGACUCUCACACAGCUCUGCUCCUGUACAAGAAGUACCAGGACUGUGCGCCUGAAGAGUUCCAGGUACUGCUACUGGACGUUUACCGCCAGGGCCGCAUGUGCAACUUCAAGGUGCCUGAGGCAUGA